AUGAAAGCCAAGCACCCUUUCGACAACCCGAGCGCUCUCGACGACUCCAACAUGCAGGCGAUGGCCAACAUUCUCACGACCGGUGUGAAGGGCACGAUCAAGCAUCGAGCUAAAGUGUUGGAACACUAUGAACGAAGAGCUUUGGAGCUUGAAGAGGCUGAAAAGAAGCUUAAGGCCAGCAUGGCCCCGGAGGUGCGCAGGGUCAUGGAGAACAAGAGGAUCUUGUUGUUCAAAGAAGUACUUCAGGAUGCUGGGAUCAAGGAUGAGAAUCUUGUGAAUGACCUCGUGGGUGGCUUUCGGAUUACGGGAGAACUACAACCUUCGGGGCUUUUUCAACGGAGGCUCAAACCUGCGGCCUUGUCCCAUGACGACCUCAAAACGACGGCGAAGUGGGCGAAGCACACUGUGGCGUCAUCCUGCAGAGCGGCGGCAAAGGAUCCCGAGGUGGCAACUGCGGUCUGGGACGAAGCACUGGAACAGGUUAACAAAGGAUGGCUGCGGGGACCUUACAGCUGGUCUGAGAUUGAUGCUAAGUAUAAAGGAACUUGGAUAGGCUCCAAGCGCUUUGGCAUCUUGCAGGGCGACAAGAUCAGAGCCAUCGAUGAUCUGUCAGAGUUCUUGGUUAAUUCAUCGGUCACCGAGACUGAGAAGAUUAGUCUUGAAGGCAUCGAUCAGAUCGUCGCCACGGCUCGGUUCUUCAGUGGUGCAGUGUCCGGGGAUGGCGAGUGCUUUGAGCUGCCAAAGGAGGACGGAGGAACCUUCAACGGCAAGGUGCAUCGCGACUUCUCGCGUGCAGGUGAUCGCAAGAUUGUUGGGCGGGCUCUUGAUUUGCGUUCAGCUUACAAGCAACUGGCUAGACAUCCGGAUGAUGCAUGGGCCACGGUUCUGGCAGUGUACGAUCAGGCCAAUGACGAGGUCAAGUACUUUGAGGCAGUGGCCCUGCCUUUUGGUGCAGUCAGCAGUGUCACAGGCUUUAAUAGAACGGCCAAGGCUUUGAAGCUGGUGAUGUCACGUUUGUUGUGGUUGGUCAACACGAGUUAUUACGAUGACUUCACGCAGAUGGAGUUUGAGGGGCUUGGUGAGUCGGCUUCGAAGACGGCAGAGAGGCUUAUGGACUUGUUGGGUUGGGAAAUUUCACGUGGCGACAAGUUGCACCCGCUACAAUCGCGAUUCAACAUUUUGGGCGUUUCCUUGGACCUAAGCAACUCCGAGGCCGGCAUUAUCAGAGUUCACAACAAAGAGGGCCGCGUGGAAUCCUUGUGGCAAUCGCUUUCUUCGAUGGAGGCCGAUCGCACUAAGGUACAUGGUUCUUUAGCAUCGUUCAAGGGCAGGUUGCUGUUUGCCACUAACCACGUCUUCGGGCGUUGCGCUCAGAUUUGCACUCAGCUGAUAAGCCAAGCUCAGAAGCAUGGCAUCCAAUCCGGAACGAUUGAUGGAAUCUUCAAGGACGAAGGGAACUUGGUCACGCAUGGAGCGGUCAUGUUCGAUCCCGCUACAGGUCGACAAGAAUUCUUUGGUGACCAUGUGACAUGCUUGUACUUCAUCGACAAUGAAGCUGCAAGGGCAUGCUUUGUGAGAUAUUUCACACCAGUGAUCGAUGCCACUUCCUUGUUACUUGACGCUGCGGCUUUGGACAUGCAAACGAG